AUGACAUGGUUGGAUGAGAUGGACACCGUGUUUGAUAUCAGCGGAUACGCUGAGAAGGAUGUAGUAAAGUUUGUGUCUCAAUCGUUCAAAUGUGAGGCCCUAGCCUGGUGGAGAUCUUUGAUCCAGGCUACAGGGAAAAUCCCAUUGUACAAUCUGACAUGGGAUCAGUUCAUGGCAUUGAUUAGAGAAAACUACUGCCCUCAGCAUGACGUAGAAAAGAUUGAGUCGGAUUUUCUGUCAUUGACUGCAGACAUUUGGUGCACCUCUUCUCCCGAAGAUGCCUGCAAAUGUUGUUUAUAUCUUCAUCAUCAAAUAUUCAAAGUGUUGAUUAAUUUUAUCGAUUUGUGGUCUAAUUUUGGUUUAGCGGAUGAGAAAUAUGGUCAUUUGAAGAAGCUGGAGAAAGCAUCUGAGAAGUUGAAGCUUUUUAAAGCAGACCUUUUGGAUUACGAGUCGAUUCGUGCAGCUAUUGUUGGAUGUGAUGGUGUGUUUCAUACUGCAAGUCCUGUUCCACCUACUUCUGUACCAGACCCUGAGGUAGAACUGAUUAAGCCAGCUGUUGACGGUACACUCAACGUGCUUAAAGCAUGUUGUGAAGUGAAUGUUAAGAAAGUUGUGUAUGUCUCUUCUGUAGCCGCUGUUGCGAUCAUACCUAAUCGACCCCAGGAUCGACCAUUGGAUGAGACUUUUUGGUCUGACCAAGAAUUCUGCAGAUCCAAUAAUGAUUGGUAUUGUCUUUCUAAGACAAAAGCCGAAAGUGAGGCUUGGGAAUUCUCGAAAAAGAACGGUAUUGAUUUUUUGUCCGUGUGCCCAACUCUUAUUGUUGGGCCUAUGCUUCAGAAGACGGUAAACGCUAGUAGCUUGGUUCUUAUUAAGCUUCUUAAAGAAGGAUAUGAAGAACUAGAGAAUAGGUCGCGGAUGAUUGUAGACGUGCGUGAUCUAGCGGAAGCACUGAUUUUAGUAUACGAGAAACCCGAGGCCAAUGGAAGAUACAUAUGCGUAUCUCAUCAGAUUGGGUUGGAGGUGAUGUUUCAGAGUGUCAAGUGUCGGUUGCGCCAGAGGAGUGUUCAACAUACACUAAAGUAAAUGGAGCGGCAAAGGGGCAAAAAACAGUAGGGGAGAGGCUGUGGAGAUGAAUCUAAAGGAUCCUAAGUGCAUAGAUUGGGAGGCACUGGAACGGGCAACCACUUUUUUCAUCAAUAUAACUACUUUUCUUAAUAUAACUACUUUUCUUUAUUUAACAACAGUACUGGUAGUAAUGGCGAAUAGCAGGAAAAUUGAAUGAAUGUACCACAUCAAAUUAAGAUACAUUUGUAGCAUGCAAAAAAAUCAUUUUUCAUCAA